AUGCGUUCCUGGCGCAAAAUGCGUAAACCGUUUCUGGCCAUUAUCGCCAUUAUAUUGAUCGUACUCGCACAAAUUAUUAUCAGUGCGCCAGUUCGCAAGUCCAUACGCGUUCAGCUGAAUGCCGACUAUGUACGUGCCAUGGGUGCUUACAAACGCUUAGAGCCGCGUUUGCCACGCGAAGAACUACGUGUGAUCACCACCUUAGGAAUAUUGAAUGGCGCGAAACAGGCGGAACAGCUAAUGGAGCGUAACUUAGUAGACAUAGUGAGAGGCUUACUCUUUGAAGCUAAUGAACUAAAUGAUGAUGAACUCGUGACCAAAGUGCAAAAUAUUGAAAAGCAGCUGGCGCGCGAUCAUCGUGCAUUAUUAAUACUCACCAGUGCCAUGGAUUUGGUGACCGGUACAAAAGACGUAUUCGACUUCAAGGCGGAUAUGCAGCAAACGCUGCAGCAAAUACGAAGGCAAUCAGUGGGCGAUGUUGAUGUGGAAACCUCGCAAGAGAAUACUGCGCAACAUGAUAAAACCGUUGAUGAAAAUAAUGUCGCUGAGCGCGUCGCAGCUCUACGGCGACAGAUCUUACAGCAAGUGCGCACUAUGAAGGCGCUUGUAGAUGAGAAAGUUACCGAAACUUUGGAUUAUUUGAUUACAAAGGCAGACAAGGGCAGCUUGCUGGAGCAGGCGAGCAAAAAAGUGGUGCGAAAACGGAAUGCGAUAGAAACACCGGAGGUGCCGGCAGAAGUCCGUAUGAUCGAGUCCAUUUUGAACGAGGGCCGUUUUAUUCAACCCCAGGAGGAUUUUCGCAAUAACCUCGUAGAUGCACGUCUUGACAAUCGAAACAACGAGCUUAUAGAUGAUUCUCUAGAAGAAGACUUUGCAUUCCCGUCAAACGCUAAGAGAUCUAAGAUAGUCAUUGAAAAUCGCAGCAAUCAGAAAACAGAGAGUAAACCUACAUUAACAACAACAACAGCGACGGCAACAACAACAACAAUACGAGCAACAAGAGCUACUAAGAACCUCAGCACACGAAAAGCGAACGCUGCCAUAACAACAACUACGUCACCUAAUCCCACACUAACACAAAGCAUCGCCAUAAUAGAUGUAGAUGAACCAAAGCUUGCCAAACAGGAAGAGUUGGAACAAUUUCCGCCAAUAGCACCACUGCCACCACCAGCUGGCAAUUUGGAUGCAGACGACGACUUCCCUGAUGCUCCACCGCCGCCUGAUGCUGGUGGUGGCGGCUUGGUAGGAAUUAUAACGAGUUUGAGCGGUGGUGAAGGCGGGUCAGACAUCGGCGCAUUAAUUGGAGCAUUAACUGGCGUCAUUUCUACUUUAUUUGGGCCAGGCGGUUUAGAUAUUGAAUCCCUCAUCAGCACGGCAACUUCACUCAUUUCCGGUUUGCUGGCGGGCAACAAAAACUUCGGCACAGUGCUGGGCAUAUACAUAGGUACGGCAUUUGACGGUCUCUCCGGCGGUGGUGGAGCGGUGAACAAUGGACAAUUUAUCGGCAAUCUGCUUGGCACUGUUUACGCUCAACUCAGCGCAGACCCCGAAGAUGAUGACGCACGUCCGAACCCUUUCCUCUUUGCACGCAAUCUCAUUAGUAGUUUUAUAGAGGCGAAAAAUCGCAAAGAAUCCGAUGAGGAGGACGGCGAUGAGCGUCGCUCUGAUGCACGCCAUUCGCAUGGCGACAAAGGAAAAGGUGAUGCGGGCGGUGGCUCCGACUCGGGUGGCUUUAUCAAGCAUAUCGCUUCUCAUAUAGUGGGCAGUCUUGUCAAUCUGAUUUUAAAUGCCUCAUUGGGCGCUUCUGGCGGUGCAUCACAUGCUUCCGCUUCAUUAUUUGGCAGUUCCAGUCAUAAAGGCGGCGGUGGCGGUGGGCAAAAGCAUUAA